AUGAACGAGUUGGAGCCAAAGUUGAUACCUGUUUUGUAAAUAUUCAUUUCAGAUACCUUGCCUAUGUGCACAGUUCUGUCCAGCAAUUGAAUUUCAUAAAAAGAAAGAUGAGUGACCUUUUUCUUCAUUAUUGAUUCAAAUUAAAAUUAUUUUUUUGUGAACUUCUCCUACUUCUGUGAUGAGAACUGGGCUCCAGAGCGACAUAUCAGAAACGGUAAUAUAGGUCAUUCAGCGCCAGCUUAUCACGUUUUUCUUUCCGCCAAAAUGCCAGGUCAACUUUGACCAAUUUCGCUUCAAGACCUGUGUUUCUUGCCGUUAUAAAAGCAGAAAUUUGAUCUAAUUUGGUGUACGGUCUUUUUGGCGGCAAGAAAAACGUGACAAGCUGGCGCGGAAUAGGCUAUAGUCUGUUCAGAUUUUGAAUGUCAAGCAGCUAACUCCACCCCCAAAUCUACAAUAUUUUUUUCGCGUCAAUGUUUUUAUCUACAGAUGACGAUGGCCCUUUAAUAAGGCUGCAUUUUUUUGACUUCUUUUUUUCUAUCUUUUUAGAUCAAAAAGAUCAAAAUUAGUCCCGCGCGAUAAAACAUCGACGCGAAAAGGUACCGUCUCAGCAGAGGCGGAGUUAGCUGGUUGACAUUCAAAAACUGAACAGACUAUAUUGGAUGGAUGGAUAGAAAUUCAAGCGAGUUGACGCGAUUUCAUGCAAUUUCAUGAAAUUUCUGACAUAUUGCUGCCCAGUUCUGUUUCGACUUGAACUUCAAGUAUCAAUUUGUCAGUCUGUGUUACUUUUCAGUUUUAGUUCUACAAAAGUAAAUAAAGAAUAACCUUCUUUUUUAUUUCAGGAGGAAGAGCAGGCAUCUGGACAAAAUAGCCGCAACGAGCUGGACAACUUCCAUUCUUCAAACUUUCGAUAUUUUUUUAUUGUUAUGUAUAAUAAAAGUCGAUCUUAUUGCGGUUUUCGUUCGUCAUAUAUCUUCAAAAACUCUUUGAAUUGUAGGUUAUUUAAUGAGUUUCUAAACAGUUUAGAUCAAAAAUAAUUGUAAAUUUCUUCUCUCGGUUAAAAAAAAACAAUUGAAGUUUUCCACAAUGAAAUUUUGACCCACAACGUUGUUAUAGGCCAUUCCGCGCUAGCUUGUCACAUUUUUCUUUCCGCCAAAAGGCCAGGUCAAAUUUGACCAACUUCGCUCCAAGAUCUUUUUUCUUGCCGUUAUAAAAGCAUAAAUUUGAUCUAAUUUGGUAUAAGGUCUUUUUGACGAACUGGCGCGGAUAGGCUAUAGUUCGUACGAAUUUCGGAUCUUGACGGCUAUAUGGAUACCGUGUUCAAGUAAUUUCUGCGAUUUAUAAAUGGUCGCGAGAAUAUUAUCAUCGAUGAUCGAUUAUUUUAUAAUCGUUAAAAAAAUGAAUUCAGGGAGAUAUAGUCUGUUCAGAUUUCGAAUGUCAAGUCAUCGCUCAAGCUCCACCCUUGAUGGUGCGAUAAACCAAUCAGAGAGCGAGCCAUCCACAGUGUUUUUGGAUGACGUCAUUGCACUUGACAUUAAAAAUCUGAACAGACUAUACUUUAUCGAAAUGUUUUCAAAUUAUAAAAAAAUAGACGCUGACGUGAAAUGCCACGUGGUAACAGAGUGAGAGUAUAUAAAAGACACGCUGGACGUAUCUAGCCAUUGGAACGAAUCGUCAUCAGUCAGCUUGCAGACCAACGUCGACCAACGUGAGUUUGAAUCCCGGCGGAGCCUGCGGAAGGCUUCUGGUUUCUCAAGUGAACACGUAAGCGGCGCUGGCGCCGCUUGGGUGAUCACUUAUAAAUAAAAGAGAUAGCGGAAAUUGAAGCAAUAUCUUGAUCAGAAAUAAUGUUUUAUUAAAGGCGCACGCAGGGGGGAACACCGAGAGCAUCGAAGCGAAGCCCAGAAAGGGUUCUGUAGCUCCGAGGAAAAUUAAAAUCGUGACAAGCUGGCCUAUAUGGGUCAUUCCGGCAUGUUCUAAAACACGAGCGGUUGUGGGGCACGAGCGGCACGACCGUUACUAAAUCACGAGCGGUUUCAUCUUCGCUCCUUCGCGAACGCUUCUAAAUCACGAGCGUUUGGCUUAUCGUUCUGUUCGAGCGUUUCUAAACCGCGAGCGUUUCAUUUUAAUCAUUUUCUUUAUUACCAUCCAAGUGUGUGUUUUUCAUAUUUCUACCUUCUUUUUUUCUCCUUGAAUAAAAAAACUUUGACGAUCUUAUAUGCACAUUUUUUUCGCUCAAUUUGUUGAUUGAUUCACAUUUGAGGUUCAUAUAAUGGAUUUUUUUCUAAGUUUUUUUGCGGGCUCUAUAAUUUCACAGAUUCUGCGUAUGGCAAAUUUUUUCUAAUAAUUUCAUCUGAUUUUCAUAUUCAAUAUUUCACAGAUUUUGCGUAUGAUAAACUAAUAUUUCACAGACGUCUCGCAUGAAAGUCAAUAUUUCUCAAAUUUUGCGUAUAGCAAAUUUUUUUCUAAUACUUUCUCUCAAAAAUUUUUUUCUGGUAAUAGAAUCUCAUAUUCGAAUUGAUGCCAUUCAUAUUUUUAACCUCAAAUGUGAAUCAAUCAACAAAUUGAGCGAAAAAAUGUGCAUAUAAGAUCGUCAAAAUUUUUAUUCAAGGAGAAAAAGAAGGUAGAAAUAUGAAAAAAAAAAACACACUUGGAUGGUAAUAAAGAAAAUGAUUAAAAUGAAACGCUCGCGGUUUAGAAACGCUCGAACAGAACGAUAAGCCAAAAACGCUCGUGAUUUAGAAGCGUUCGCGAAGGAGCGAAGAUGAAACCGCUCGUGAUUUAGUAACGGUCGUGCCGCUCGUGCCCCACAACCGCUCGUGUUUUAGAACAUGCCGGUCAUUCCGCGCUAGCUUGUCACGUUUUUCUUUCCGCCAAAAGGCCAGGUCAAAUUUGUCCAACUUCGCUUCAAGACCUGUGUUUCUUGCCGUUAUAAAAGCAGAAAUUUGAUCUAAUUUGAUGUACGGUCUUUUUGGCGGAAGAAAAAAAGGUGACAAGCUGGCGCGGAAUAGGCUAUAUCUGCUUAGCACGUUAUGCCGUGUUCAAAGUGAUUCCGCGAAAUUCAAAAUAGCUGUCAGAGAAAGAGAAAGAUAACUAAAUUUUGGAGGGUCAGAGACCAUUUUGCAUUUCGCGGAAAUUACUUUGAACACGGCAUUAGAGCGAUGACUUUUUUCAAAACGAUACUAUACACGGUAAUCAGGCUUGUGCGUCAGGCCGGGCGGCCCGGGCUUUGGGCCUUAUUUUCAGGAAAAAGCCCGCGUGGGCUCAUGCCGGGCCCGGCUUCAAAAAUUUAAAAAUUUCAUUGGAAAAAAAUUUUUCACCGAAAUGUGACUUUUUACUUCUCAAAUCAUAGUUUUUUUGUUAAACUUUAAGAGAAAAAAAUGAGCAAAAAAACAUAAUUUUUUUGUCGUAGAAAAAAACUUGAUGUCCGACUAGAAAAAAAUUGCGCGCUUCGGGCCGGGCGGGCCAUUUUUUUAUUGAGGCCCCUCCUAAGGCCGGGCCGGGCUUACGAAUUGGUCGGGGGGCCGGGAGGAUGACGGGCCGGCCCUCGCACAAGCCUGAUGGUAAUGUACGAUGUAGUUGAUAGUUAAUGACUGCUCAAAAUGUUUUUUAUAUGAGAACACUUGAAAACUGUAGUUUUCCAAAAGACCUACGAUCGCGUUUGACGUAUAUUUCCACCGCUCAGCACGUUAGAGCGGUGACUUUUUUUCAAAACGAUAGCUCGUUCAGUGGUCAAAUUUAGCUUGCUUGCUUAGCUUAGAUGCUUAGAUGCUUAGAUGGUCCAUCUUCGCUUUCGACCUUUUAUUGCCUUUUAGUGCCUUUUAUUGAUCGAAGCGUGGACCACACGUUUUCCAGGAGGUCUUAUGCAAUCGGUCAUCCAGUGUUGUCGUCCUGGUUGACUGGUAUUCUUGCGAAAAAGUUCCAUCCGUGGUGUUGAACGUGUUAUAGCAUAAUUGUGGUCUUAUUAUCCUUUUUGCCUUGCCAGGGCUAAAAAAAGACCGCCCAUUCUGUUAGCAGAAGCAAGCCGAAUUGCGUGACCGUGGUCAAAUUUAGGAGAAAUAAACGUUCGGUGAUAAUUUCGUUUGAAAGUCGUUUCAACCAAAAGUAAGGAAAAAGAUGGUGCGAAGUGAAAAUGCACGUCAUUUUGAAAUGCCAACGCGACAUUUUAAAAAUCUUUUUUCACGUUUUUUUUCCCUUGAACGUUUUUAAAUGACCGACACGUCAUCAAUGAGCGUUCAUUUCAUUUCUAUCAACCGAUCAAAUUUCCACGUUGAUGAUGUCUUCAUUUCAAAUGCACUGAGUAAUAAACUUUUAAUAACUUGUUCGAUCGCCUUCGGCUGGGUACUGUAGAUUUCAUCUUUCGCGCCAAAUUUUUUUUUUGACGUUUUUCCACCCCGUUUGGGAACACCGCACCCAAAAUUCUGGACUAUAUCGCAGCGAGAGUAACGCUAUACCGCGGGGGAGCGAUAUCGCUCGCCUCUCGCUGCGGCCUCGCAAACGUCUUGCGCUAUAUCGCUCUCUCUGAAAAAUUUUUCUUCAAAAAUGUUUUUUUUUUCUUGAAUUUGAUUGAUUUCAUCAUAAAAGUCAAAAAUAAAGCAAAAAAAAAUGUUUUUCAAAUUUCAAAUUUUUUAGUGGUGGGAGCGAUAUAGCAGCGAGACUUUGACGUGGUCACAGCGACAUGUUGACGAUAUCGCAGCGAGAAGCCUUGGAUAUAUCGCGUGCGGCCCGCUGCGAUAUCGGCAAUUAUGUUGGGUGCGUGACGUCGAAUUGUUGAUGAUUCCUUAUACACAAUGACCAGGGUUUUUGGGCUAUUUCGAUCGUAUGUAAUUUUCGUUCUGCUCAAGUUUGAAUUUCAAAUUGAUAAAGCUAAGUAUUUCGUUAAAAAAAUUUAAUCGUCAUAAAGUUAUUUCAAAGCAGUCUCAUACCAAACCAAACCAGUUUUAAGAAAAAAAAACAGUUUUUCUUUUGUGUUUCUUUCGAUUAUAUUGAUAUUUUUUUCAGAAACGGACACUUCGCCCAUCAUGAAGUGGAACUGUAUUGAAGGUAUCUUCAUUUUCUCAUUUUUUUUUUAAAGUUAUGCUUUUUAUUUCAGGAAAAUUGAGUCUGAAGCUGUUGCUAAUGAUAGCAAUGCUGAACGCAUUUUCUGCUGGUUUGCUUAUUUUUUCCCUUUAUACUUUUCGUCGUUCUAUAUAUAUUAACUUAGCUUCAUGACUGACGCGGGAUAGUAACUACGUCGCGAUUUUGUAAAAUCGCAAACCGCUACUCCGUGACUUCACUUUAUGAAUAAACGAGAAAUACAUAAGUCAAAAUAUUUGUUCUAUAUAUAUUAAUUCAGUUUGAUUUGAAGAACGCGAUGAGCCUGAAAACAUUCUUCACCAUUCGAGUUUAAAAUUAGGUCAAGAUGACGUCACGAAACAGAAUUUGCGUUUUCACUGGAAGUGUCGCUAUGUCUUUGCAAAAACCAAAGAAUGUUAUUAUGAAAACAUUUUUUGUCAAAUUCAGCCAAACGUGAAUAAAAGAUACUGAUGUACCCAAUAUUUAGAAACACACCGGAACAUUUGAGAAAAAAACAUUUUCAUAUCCUUUUUUUGCUACAGAUUUGGGGAAAAUUUAUACCUUGCUCCACGAAAAGUGCGUUGCUAUUCAUAGAAUCGAAAGAAUAAAUCUUAUUGGAAAAUAAGUUUCAUGAUCAUGAAAGCGUCUAGAUAACGAGCAUUCACUACACCAGCCCUGUUACAAUCAAUGAGAUUCUUCAACUUGCAGAAGAUUGCUGCAAAAGACCCAUGACCGCGUACGGAGAUAAAGAAGCUUUCCCAACCGAAUGCGAUAAGUCGAAAUGUACCGAAGAAGUGAUCUACGCAGAAAAUGCGCUAAGUGGUGAAGAUGUCUCCAAGUUUUUGUCUUCGGUUCGAAAAAGCAAUACGAUCACCAUGGUUGGAAACACGACGUCGUACACUGUGGCUAAUCUGGUAGAGAUUGUCCACAAGGGACCGGGUACGUUACAUUUCAUAGUGGAAAAAGGGAAAUACUGGAUAUUUUAAAUAAAUUUUCGGUUAAACUUUAAACGAAAGUAUAGUUUUUUAUUUGAUUUGGAAUAAGGAACCUGGGCUUACAUCUCCCUACCGUUUCAUGAGACUCCUUUGGCUGCCCUUCUUUGAAUUCACUUUUUGUUUGUAGGACCGGCCAUCACCCUGCAGAAUGUCGUAUUGAGUAUGGGUUCCUUCAAAAAAUUGAAAACGAUCAAAGUCGAUGACGUCUCGAUUUACUGCGACGGUACUACCGACUUGAUCAAGAUAGAAGGAAGUAUUCCUCAAGAUAUACUCGAUCAACUGCACAAAGUGGAAAAUAAGGUUUUUUCAAUAAACGAGGAGAUAAAAAAGUAUAUUUCAGUUUUUCGAAAUUUCCAGCUGAUUUUCCUAAAUUCGUAGAAAGUUUGUCUUGACGCGAAAUGACUAAAAUAAUUUAUGCUUUUUGAAAAAUUGCACAAGACGUUUUUAGCAGUUUUAUAAAUCUCGAAGAAAUCACAUCAACAAGCCGAUGGCUUUUAUUAUUAGCUAUAUUCAUCAAGUAGGCUCAAAUUUACAGUCGCGAGUAUACACUGCAUUCAAUAAGGAUAGGACCUCCCUCGAUUUUGGACUUUCUGGCAAAAUACGGGAAGAUGUCAAAAAUCUGUGAGCGUCAUUCGAUUCAGAGUACAAAUAACCCCUAGAGCCAAACUUUCUUUAUCCUAGCACUCUACCUACAAAAAUGUCAUCGAAGAAACGGUUUUUCGACCGUUCAAUAAGGAUAGGACCACCUGGAAAUUUUGACUUUCAUUGGUAUUUUUUGUCAAUUUCUCUUUUUGAUGUGUGGUUUUUUUGUUCUCAUUUUAUUUGUUUCCAAGUUUUCUACGGUUUUCCUUUCAUAUCUUCCAAUCUUCCACGUUUAAAAAAUAUUUUAUAUUGAAAACAGGGAAAAAUGACGUUUUUCGAGUUUGCAUCAAAAUAUUCGAGCGAGUGAUUUUUUCCAGUACUUUGAAUGAACUUAUCUUAUAAAUAGAGAUACUUUAACAUUCAAAAAAAUAAAAAGAAGUUUGAAAAACAUCACUUUAAAAGUUAGAAAACCAGUUACAAGAUGGUGUAUCAUGACCGAGUUUCAGACUGUCGUCGUUUUCGACCGUUUUUCUUCCUGUAUGUAGUCGGAAUGGCGGUGUACUUUUUUUUUUGAGAACUCGCGAAGGUGCUAUGAACAUAAUUCAUCAACAAAAUAAUCUAAAAAAGUUUCAUUUACUACGUACAAUGCCGAGAAAAUGUGGAGAGAAAUUGGUACGCGCGCUCAUCGAAGGUAUUGUUUCAAACAGAGCGUUUGGCGGGUUUUUAGUUUGUCAACAAAAUGAAGCAUUACUGAAAACGUGCAAUAAAACAAUUUUUAUCAGAAAUAAAACUUUUUAUAUGUUUCAUUUAUACAGUACCGCAAAAAGUUCGAGUAGCAGUCGGAAGGGUGUUUAUUCCUUUGAUUUCCGAGGAUCGCCAGUUUUUAUCCAAUCCAACUAAGUGUCUUUUUGUGGUUGAAGCACCUUCACAAAACCUUUAAAAAAAGUACACCGCCAUUCCGACUACAUACAGAAAGAAAAACGGUCGAAAACGACGGCAGUCUGAAAUUCGGUCACGAUACACCAUCUUGUAACUGGUCAAUGGCAUUUUCGUAGGAAGAGUGCUAGGAUAAUGAAAGUUCGGCUCUGGGGGUUAUUUUGUACUCUGAACCGGAUGGCACUUACAGUUUUUAGAUAUCUUACCGUAUUUUGCCAGAAAGUCCAAAAUCGAGGGGGAUCCUAUUUUUAUUGAACGCAGUGUAGCUGACUCACGGCUGGCUUGAGCCAUCGAAAAAGGGUCUUGACACAAUAAUGCACGAGAUAGCGCCUGGCUCGUGGAGAGCGCAGACAGGACACGCCCCCUUAGCGUCCCAUGCUGGCCGUGAAUCAGCUAUAGCCAAUACAUUUGUAAGAGGAAAGAUUUCUAGACCUAUUAAGAAAAAUAUGGCUCAAUAUAUAAACGCAUAUCGUCGGAAAUCAAUCUUCACUGAAUUUAAUUUCACUACAAAAUUCGAAAGGAAAUGUAUAUCAAGCACUAAUAUUUCGUCAAAGGCAUAAUUUCAAAAAAGUUUGAUUGAGAUUUGAAAAGAGCAUGAGAGAAGAAAUUGAGCGUUUCUUAUUUCCCUUCGGACAACGUAGAAGCUUUUUAAGAGCAUGAAUGGUUUCAAAGGAAAACUCGAAAAAAUUCUCAGAAAAAGUAAUCUUGUUUCAGACCCUAGCUGCAUGCAAGUCACUGACGACUACUCAGCCGACGGUUCUCGGCGCGACCCAGGGAGUAGGAGUUUCGAGCUCGAACUCUUCUGCGGUGAUCUCCCCGUUGUGCACGCAGAAGAUAGAUGCCGAGAAGGAGAAGUGCUCUAGCAACAGUGAGUUUAGGGGAAAAAGUAACAAAAAAUCAAUUUUAGUCAUAGAAAGAUAGGCUAUAUUCUUUUGAAAAAAGUGAUUAUCAUUUUUGAAAAUCAAAUUCAGUGAAAAUAAUGGGUAUAGAAGGAUUCGAAUUACAGAGGUUUUACAGUGAGAAAAUGUGGAACCUAGCUUUUUUCAGAUAUCAUGUUACAAUUUGUUGCCAACAUUGAGCCAACAGUUCUUUGAAUUUUCGACAAAAUUGAGAAGAGUUAUCUGGACAUUUCUUCACAGACACGCUGCUGUACAUCGCCUGUGCAGUGAUAGUGGUCCUUCUGAUUGUGAGCAUCGUUUCGACGAUCAUCGCCCUCAAGCUCUACUUCUGCCACAAGAAGGACCGUCCCUCAGCUUCCUUAGGUAAUGGCUUUUGAUAGAAAAAUUAAGAAUUUUGGUAGUUGUUCGCUGCCACAAACAAAAACUUGAACUUUAAGUUUCAAAUACAUUUGAUUAUUAAAAAAACUUAUUGGAAAAUGGAGGUUAUUAGUAGUCAGGAAAUGGGAUUUUUUUAUUAUAUUUCGUUUUAAUGAAAUUUUUUUGCGAUUGUAGUUUAAGACUUCGAGGCUCUUUUUCUUAAUAUUUUCAAAUUUUUCUGGUCGGUUUUUCAGGGGCUUCCGAAAAAGGAGCGCAGAAAAAAAGGCCGAGAAUACUAAAGAGACGUCCAAAGAGACGAGCCAGGAGAAGAAAUAAAAUCUUCGUUUUUUUCAUCGGUCGCUUUCAUUACUGAUUGCCUUUACGGCGUGAUUCGUUGUCUCAAAUGGAAUGAAUUUCUCCAAAAAUCAAUUUUUUUGUUGCAUCUGGGUUUUUGGCGAUGAAAAAAACGGAACCUAAAUCACAACCCCAGUCAUCAUCGUGCGGGAGACACGAAACAAAAGGAUUUGGGUUUCCCCCGCAGUUUUUCAAAUUUUAAUCAAUCUGAACUCAACAAAAGUUUGAAAAAUUCAACUCAUCAAAAAAAUUUUUUUCACUGAAAAAAAUAUUCCCCAAACUGUGUGCCUUUCUGAAAAAAAUAACUAAUUGCCAUCCUGAUUCAUGAAAAAUAAGCUUCAGAAAUCAUAUUUUUGAUUAACUCGAAUGUCUAACCUUUUGAGACCUCAAUAACUCUAGUGAAGCGUUAACUGACAGAAAAAAACUCCAGCCUUCAGCACACAAUUUGGGAAUAUGUUUUUCAAUUAAAAAAUUGUCGAUGAGUUGAAUUUUCAAACUUUUGUUGAGUUCAGGUUGAUUAAAAAUUUGAAAAAAACUGUGGGGAAACCCAAGGCCUUUUUGUUUCGUGGCUCCCCCUUCGUGACUCCCCCAUCGGCGGAACGCGAUGCUGAGCAGGGUAACCCAGCGGUGCUAACACGGGGUCUCAGCGGGUGCCCCCGUAUUAAGCCCGUAUAAGCACGGUUGGUAGAACUUUUGGCAACACGCCUCAUCGGCUCCCUUGUGAGUUUCCUUUAGGAACGCCGUCGACGGUGAUUCUCCAAUCUCAAUCCAUUCUUUGACUUUUUUUCUAGAAUUCGUAUCAGAAAAGAUUUAAAAAUUCGGCGUUAUUAAAUAAUCACCGUCGCACGCGAUGAGGCAGUGCUCGCGGAGGAAAAAUUAUAGCUGAUUCUCUCCCCACGAGUCAGGCACUAUCUCGUGAAUUAUCGUGUCAGGACCCUUUUUUCAAUGGCUCAAGCCAGCCGUGAAUCAGCCAUAGCUGCUUAAAAUGUGAAAUUUGAACAGGCUUCAUAUCAUCGCUCGUUAACCUACACGAGAGGAUCAGUACUGACCUCUAAAGUUAAAAAAAAAGUUUUUUUUCCGUCCCAGCGGUCGUCAUUUUUUGUUUAUCCGUAAACGUAUUGAAAGGAUAAACCGAUUGAUGCUAUUAUUAUGUAAUUUUAGAAAUAAAAAUCGAGCUUUAGGGGCUUAGGGAUCAGACCUUAAACCCCUAUGGGGCCCCUAAGAUUUUAAUGCCUAUAGGGGCCCUAUUUUGUCCCCUACAAGGGUCCCUAAAACAACAAACUACUAUAGGGACCCCUCAGAAAGUCCUCAGAUUCCAGCAUACUCUAAAAAAGCUUCAUGCAUUCUGCAAAUCAGUGCUUUGCAUUUUGCACUUCUCUUCGUCUGUACAAAAGUGAUCUCAAAAGUAAAUUCAAAAUUCGAGGAACUUCUGUGCAAAAUACAAAUCUCUUGGUUCUCAUUUUUGAUAGAUGGACUGUUCCACUAAGGACACGUGUUGGUCGAGUUCCUAAAUAAAAUAAAUAAUUGAGGGCGCGGCCGAGCACGCAGCGGAACAACGGAAUGUCGUUUGGUGAAAUUCCAAGUCCUGAUACACAGACUAUACUCAUUUUGAAUUAAAACACGCAUUGGAGUAUAUUUUAUUAAUUUUUUAAAAAAAUAUAAAAAAGUGUUCGAAUUAAUUCCGCUGAAUCCAAAGUUACCACUGAUUCUCCAAAAUUUUUCAUUCUGGCGUGAUGGUUUUGGGUUUCACGGAAACACAUAGAAAAACGGCAUGAAUCACGAGAAUUUUUUUCAACUUUCUUUUGUUAGGCCAUCAAAUAUUCGAGCUCACCGAGUUCGAGUGCAUCUACCCUGUCUUCAACAGCGAUUUCCACGCAUUGGUAAUUUUUUUCCAAACUUAUUUUUUUCAGAGUAAGCUUUUUUUCUCAGGCAUCACGCGUACGCCUGUUUAAGGCGGCCGGUAGGAUUACGGUAGUCAGGAUAGGUUUUUUUCGGUUUCAAAAAGGAAAGCGUAUGUACUUUUUGUGGCAUACUUUAUCUUGUAACCUCAAGAAGUAGGUUCUUAACAAGUUGCGAAAAAAAGAUAAAACAUAAAAAUUUUCCUGGUUCCGAAACUGACGGCGCAAUAUUGACCGGCCGCCGCAGCAUUGUCUUAAACAUGCGUGUAUCGUAUACGAUACGGUAAUUGGUUAAACUACUGUGACGAGGAUAAAUGGACCGUUCAAGUGGUCUAGUGCUGGUCAGUAGCACCCGUUGGGCUAACAGGUUUGCGAAACGAUGCUAAUGUCGAUCACCCAGUGUUUUUUUCAACGUAACGAGUGAUCGCCUCGACCUCAACCGGAGCUCGGCGUGUGAAUUGGGCGUUUGCCUAGUUCCGCUGGACUAAAAAGUGGCCUAAUCGCGGCUAAAAAUUGCGUUUCUGGUGCUCGGCUGAGGUUAAACGGGUGAUUGGCGAUAGCUCCCUCGGGUGCUACUCGCCAGCACGCGAGUGGUAAAGAUUUGAUUUUAAGUGCAUCGUAACCGAAAAAAUUUUUUUGACCGCAAACACUUUCUGCUACAAUCCUAUUGGAAAUAGCGAUCUUAAGAAUUUCUAUCAUUUUCCCAACUCAACGAGUAUUUUGUCUCCCAAAAACAUAAGCUUAUCAUAAGCAAAAACAAUAAAGCUUAAGAAAGAAUAUGUUUAACUAGGGAACUACUCGGACUCAAGUACGCGUUUCGAGUUGAAACUUUGGUGGCUUUUAGACCCGGGUAAGAGUACUUGGAAACAAGAGAGAUUAUCUGCUAAACCCCAUAGGCUUCUGAGAAAAAGCUUUUUGAAAAUGAACAGUUUAGGCUUGAAAAAUUAUCAAAUUUCAGUUUUUCCUUCUUCUUUUUGGCUGGAAAAAGUUUUUUUAGAGUUUCUCAUAGCCGGAUAAUUCGAGGCGAUUGUAUUAAAAUAUUAAAUAAGGUAAAAAAAGCAGUAUUCUAAAAAUUUUCAAGCCUAAUUUUCACAUCUCAGACCUUGAAAACGCGAACGGGACGCGAAUCGGACGUGUCGGGGCAUUUCUAGUGACCACUUUAGUAGCCUCAGAACUCUUAAGGGAUCCCUAGAAUCGCCCAGAAACGUCCGGAGCACGUCCGUUUUGCGUUACCAAUGUCCGAGAUUUUCUACUAAUUUUUUCUCAGUUCUCUAUUGGGCAUAUAUUCUCAUUUGUUUUCAAGUCUUCUGACUGAGGUCUAUAAACCACUGAAGUUUUAACUCGAUCCGCGUACCCGAGCCCGAGUAGUUCCCUACUCAGUUCGUGAACAGGGUGUUUAGUAGCUUUGGGUUUGAGUAAUAUAAUUGAUUACUCAAAAACUGAACUUCAAAUCGAGUCGGGGUCAUCGUCUUUGCUUUCAGGCGGCAGCAACGAAACGCAUCAGCUGAUGGCCAUCACCCAGGCCGGCGUUUGGGAAGUCGAAGCGCACAGGAUUCUCUACGACGUGCCCAACUCGGUCGAGGCCAUGACCAUUUGCAAGUUCAAGCCGACGCCCAGUAUGAAAAGUAAAUUUCUCGUGUCUUUUUUUCCUGUGCAAGCGAAUUUAGCUUUAAACGUCUUUCAAAAUUUUUGUGUCCAUGUAUCAUAAAUUACAAGUCUAGUCAGAGCCGGUUGGUAAACCGAAACUUGGCUAUUUGAAUUCUUCCACUAAAUUUUUGAUUCCUUUUUAUCUCUCGAAUGACGUGUUCUUCCCCUGUUUCUCUGACAUCGCCGAUGAGGGAACAGAGAGACGCAGACACACUAAAACUGUCAAGUCGUGGCGGACGGACUAUACGAGUGGAAAUGUUACGUGGGUCUUUGAAGUAUCAUUGAAAAAUCAAAAGCUUUCUGAGGUUGGUCUUAGGAUCCUCAGGGCCUCCCGGCCAUUCCGAAAAGUAUCGGGAGCACCAUGGCUUUUCAUAG